AUGGAGUUCCUUUUAGAAAACCUCAGAAAGCAUGUUACAUGUUCAAUUUGUUUAAAUACCCUUGACGAACCCAAGACGAUAGCCUGCUUGCACACAUUCUGCUGCGACUGUUUAAAGGAACACGCUCAAAGAAGCCAGCAACAUGGACAAUUUCGGUGCCCCGAGUGUCAGGCAAGAAUCGUUGUCCCUAAAAACAAUGGUUUCGAUAAACUGCCUACAGGCUUUCUACAGAAUGAUUGGCUCGAUCUUCUUGCUGCACAACAGUGCUGUGAGGGAAGUGAUGAUAUUACUUGUGCUAACUGUGCCAUUAAAAGCACAGAGGCAAGUUUCUGUUUUAACUGUGGAAAAUUUCUCUGCCCUGAUUGUGUAAAUGCGCACGAAAUUCUACGAAAGGUGGCUUUUAAAGAACACAAACUUAAAUUGGUGAAGCAGUUCAAAAGGGAAGACUACGACUCUCUGUUAAAGCGGCCCUCCUUCUGUUCUCAGGAUUGCCACGAACAAGAGAUAACAAGGUUUUUUUGCGAUGAAUGCCAGACUUGUGUUUGUCAGUUAUGCAUUGGUACAGGUCACGAGAAUCAUACUAUAAAUGCGCUUGACAAGGCAGCCAGUAGCGAGAAAGCUAACAUCAUGGCGGAAGUUGAGUUAAUGAAAGAAGAGGCCCUGCCAGGGUAAAUUCCGACAAGCGACAUGACCCAAAAAGUAGCGACAGAGCCUAAAACGAAAUGGCGACAAGCGACAACCUCCCGCUGCCAAAUUGCGACAGUGACGGCAAAGCCGAGAAUAUGCGACAAAGAACGGUGGUUUGGCUAAUUUAUCACCAGUCUGAGUGCCAAGAGGAAGUAAUUUUCGUCAAUUUUCCUUGCGCUUCAGAGGUUGUCUCUCGUCAGGGAAUUUCAGUAGACCCUCCUGAGCGCGUCGCGUUGGCCCGUCGCGUAGUCUUCAUUUACGCAACCCCGCACAACUCCUGGGAGACCUUGGGACUAGGUUGUCCGUCAAAUAGCUUAAUUUACGCACGCUUUACAUCUCUUGUAAUCACUACUUUCAUAUAGACCAUGACGCACCUUGUUUUCCCCCUCAGAAUUUUGCAUAACCAAUGUUUCCAAAUUCUCCAGGGUAUUACAGUCGUCCCAAGAGAAAUCGAAAACAAUGGUUAUGCAAAGUUUUGGGAGGUAAACAAGGUGAAUUAUGGUCUAUGUGAAAAUGGUGAAUACUUUGCUUGUUUCUGAACUUCUCAUAUCCUUGUCGACCUCUGUCGGACGGUGACAACGGUGGAAACUUAAGCACCGCACAGCGUAGACCACCGUUAACCGGCCUUCACGUACGGUUUAUCAGGUCAGUUAGUCUUAAAAUGUUGAACGUGGAUCACUUAGGGUGUGCUGACAGUGUUCCUUUAAGCGAAUCCAAAAACGGAUUUCUGAUCCGAGAUUUGCCGGAUUUCGCGGUCGAAAGGAACGUGAAAUCCGAAAUUGGAUUUGUGACCUUGGUAACCUUUCGCAAACGCGUGCAAUAUGCAUGACAGCCUGAGCCUCCCAAGAAAUGACAUGUUUUCUACUGUUUGACAAAUUAUGUGAUUAUACAGUGCAGAAUUUUGUGGUCGGCAGUUCGAAUAACGACGAUGGAACAUAAACAGAUCAAGAAAGUAGCGUGUUAAAGUUGAAAAUAAUCUAAAGGUUGUCGGCUCAGUUUGAUCCAGUUUCGUAGCUCGGUUUUCUAUGUAACACGAUCGAGUGCCUAUCGCGUCCAAGAGCGAGUUUGUAGAAAGAUAGCAGUUAUUUGUCCCUUUUACUUAUUUGUGUUUUUAAGCAAUCUUAAGCGACAAAUGGUCAGCACAUGGACGUUUUACUGUACCACCAUGAACAAUCUUCUAGUGUUUUCAGAUGUUUUGGCAAAUGGCAGCAAUUAGGAAACUCUACGGGAAUACUUCAACUGGAAGUACAGCUGGAUCAUCUGACUAAUUUCGAAUCCACUGUGAAUGGAACAGCGUAGAUGACUAAUCCGUUAAUCUGGAUUCGGAUUCUUCGGAUUUCAAAUCCAAUGUGAAUCCUUUUUCAAAAAGGAUUCACCAGAUCAAAAAUCCGAAUUUGGAUUUGCCGAAAGGAACGUGAAAUCCGUUUAAGAUCCAAAUCCGUUUCUGGAUUCAACGAAAGGAACACACCCUUAAUUGUGAAUGGUGAUGUAUAGGUGUUCUAUACGCGAAAGGUUAACUGAGAAAUUGCUCAACUGUAAUGGUUUCUUUAAAACCCAUCGCUAUCCCCCUUUUCUAAAAUUCCGACAAAGACAAAGAACUUUCGUUCAAUUUCCGACAGCGACGUGAAGCAUUAAUAAACACCGACACGAGACGUUUUAAAAUUCAGACGAGCGACAUGGGAGCCCCCCCUGGCAGGGCCUCAAAGAAAAAAGCAAAUUUUGUAGUGACAUAAUUCGUCACUUUGAGCAGACAGCUCUUAGUCUGAAAACUGAGAUUAUAAAUGCCAAACGUGAAGUCUCCCAAACAGCAGAGCAAAUGAUCGCGAGAAUUCAACGACAAGAACGCGAGAUUAUUUCCGCACUUGAGAACACUCGUGCGUCAAGAAUGGAGGAAUUAAACUCCGCAAAGGUACAAGUGAAGUCCCUGCUUAAACAAGUCGAUCAAGCUGUCGAAUUUGCCAAUAACUUGAUUCAAAGAAGCUCAAGCUCAAGUAUUGUGCAAAGCUACAAGAUCCUCAAACAUCGGUUUGAAUAUCUUAACCAAACCCCUGUUCCUUCACUUCCGGUUUGUUCCUCCGUUAAGUUUGUCAAAACUUGUGACCCAGGGAAAUUUACCCUCGGUUUUACGACAACUAUUGGCGCAACCGUUCAGGGGAUAAGUCAAGAUUUCUAA